AUGCAGCUUGUCUUUGUAGGAAAAAUGGACAAACAGAUGAUGCUGGCAGCGGAGCUGCGGUGUCACUGCAUCAAGACUGUCACAGGAUUAAUGUUCCCAAAGCACCUGGCCAAUGUAGAAAUCAUUCCGAAGGGCCCACACUGCAACACUGUGGAAAUCAUAGCAACACUGAAGAACAGCCAGCAAAUCUGUUUAGAUCCCGAGGCCAAAUGGGUGAAGAUGAUCAUUAACAGGAUUCUGCACAG